AUGUCGACCCCGGCCCGGAGGAGGCUUAUGCGGGAUUUCAAGCGAUUGCAAGAGGACCCACCUGUGGGUGUCAGUGGCGCACCAUCUGAAAACAACAUCAUGCAGUGGAAUGCAGUUAUAUUUGGACCAGAAGGGACACCCUUUGAAGAUGGUACUUUUAAACUAGUAAUAGAAUUUUCUGAAGAAUAUCCAAAUAAACCACCAACUGUUAGGUUUUUAUCCAAAAUGUUUCAUCCAAAUGUGUAUGCUGAUGGUAGCAUAUGUUUAGAUAUCCUUCAGAAUAGAUGGAGUCCAACAUACGAUGUAUCUUCUAUCUUAACAUCAAUUCAGUCUCUGCUGGAUGAACCGAAUCCAAAUAGUCCAGCCAAUAGUCAGGCAGCACAGCUUUAUCAGGAAAACAAACGAGAAUAUGAGAAAAGAGUUUCGGCCAUUGUUGAACAAAGCUGGAAUGAUUCAUAA